UGGGUGGCAUACAAGUACGACUGCAGUGGACUAGCAAGCGUGGUUGUACACUACUCACUAAGUGUCUCCCGAACAUCAAACUGCGCUGGCAUUUUCUUACACGAACAUAAUUGACCCACUCGGACUUGGUCCUCUGAGGUAAGAUGACUUCGUAUUAUCCAACCCCAGCGUACCCCGCGCCCGCUGGUGAUCCCUACGCGCCAUACCCUCCACGAGAGUGGGAUAGAGAGUACAGAGGUGGAGGUGCAUACGGAGGCGGCGGCCACUACGAUGAAUACCGAGGCAGAGCACGCAGCAGGAGUCCAGACGACCGCGGACGUGGUCGGCGCCGCUCCAUGUCACCAUAUAGCCGUGGUGAAGAUCGCUAUGAGACCCGAGGCUCUCGCUACGAUGAUUAUGGUCGCCACUCGCCACCGCGUUCUUACGGCGGGUACGAUCGCCGUGGACCUGGUCCUACCGAUCCGUUCACUGGAGACUUCCCUGUCUCAUUCAAACACUAUUGUGACUGGAUGCGUUACACAAGUCCCGACGUUGAAGCUGAGAUCAGGGACGAGAUCGAAAAGGAACCUGUUGUGGAGGGUCAGACGGAGGAUCGUGGACGGAGGGCAUGGACUAAGAGAUAUGAGGCGUAUAAAAAGGAGCAUUUGCAGGUCGUGACUCGCCGCGUUUUCAACUUUCACAAGGCUUCUUCGUGGUUCAUCGAGCGUUACGAUCCCUCUCCUGAAUAUGUGUCACAGCGUGCCAGAAUUCGCCUCGAAGGCUGGACAGGCAAACCCGAGGCGUUCCUUCAUGAUCUUGAAGAGGGGAAGUGGGAUCCAGAAGUGACGCUCGAGCCUCCUGCAGCACCUGAAGAGGCAGCAGAGCACAAGCAUGGGAACGGAGUGAAAGACGAAAAUGAAGAUGUGGCAAUGGAGAGUGAGCAUCCCGCCAAAGCGGAGGGAGAAGACCUCGUGAGUCCUAUGAAGGAGGAGGCUGGGGAGGAGAAGCCAGACGCUGCGGAGACCAACGGCGCAGUUGAUCGUCGUCCGAAAGACGUCAAGGCGCGAAUACCUCCUGAGUUGUCCGUCGACGUACAGCCGGACGGCAACCAGCUUUUGAUCCGGACAAUCCCUCCAGCUCUGCCAAGAGCCAAAAUAGAGGAAGUUUGCAAGGGCGUCGAUGGUUUCGUCUAUCUCGCGCUGGGCGAUCCUCAACCUAAGAAGAGCUUUUACCGUCCGGGUUGGGUGAAAUAUACAGACGAAGCAGAUAUGGCCGGGGCAGUUGCGCACUUCAGCUCACAGCGGAUUGAUGGCUUUACCAUGCAUGUUGUACACAAUACUCAGCCCUACCCUUCCCGAGUUCGCGUUGCGCCCCCAAUAUCCAACAAGCCAGAGCGCAUGCGUCACGACUUGCAAAACAUCAAAGAUCUCGCGGUUAUCCUUGAAGGCGAGUGGGAUGCCACUAAGCGUAAAGUUAGGGAGGAUCGAAAGGAGGUUAAGAAGAAAGCGGCUGAGGCGGCAGCCGCUGCGAAGCAGGAAGGAGAUGUGGUUAUGGAUGAGGAUAUUCAAAAGAACGAGAACGUUCGAGUUGAGGAAGAUCUGGAUGUGGCAGAUGAGGAGCCGUUCAGGGGUAUCGAACAAGUUGAAAAGAGAUUCGAGAUACUUGUUCAACAACUGCGUGACAAGGCCCAUGAGAAAGCGGGUGAUGGCGAGAUUGACCAGGAAGAACUUGAGAAUGCUGAGCUUCGUCUUGAACUUGAUCUGUGGCUCAACUAUCUUCGCGGUGCGUUUAACACAUGCUACUACUGCGCUCUCGUUUGCGAUUACGUCGAGGCGCUGCAGCGGAAAUGUGUCAAACACAUCCGCAUGCCCUACGUGAAGCCGACUGUCAUGGAAGAAGAGGCGGAGAAGGAGGGCCUUAAGAAGCGCGGUCCUGCUGAUGAUCGCUGGAUCGAAUGGCUUGAUGCUAGAGUGAUGUUGUUGCUGAAGAAGCCCGAUGUAGACCCCGCGGACUACGGCGGAAUCAAUUACGACGCUGAAGUGCACCGUUUAGUUAUGCCUCACGUUCAGCAAGAAGAUGAGGGCAAGUUCCGGUGCAGAGUGUGCACGAAGCUAUUCAAAGCCAGCAAUUUCGUGGAGAAACAUGUCGCCAACAAGCAUCCUGAACUCCUGAAGGAGCAGCUCGAUAUUAUUCCUUUCCUCAAUGACUUUGCCCUCGACCCAGUACACCUUACCCCGCAGCAACACACGUCCGCCUUUACACAGCCUCCUCGACGCGAUAAUAGGCAGGAGCAGAAGGACGAUCGUGCGAUGCCGUUGCGGCCUGAGGAUGGCCGUGGCCACUAUAUUGGCGGGUACCCCGGUGCCGCCUAUGGCGGGUCCUUUGCCACUCCUGCGCAAUGGGGUGAGCAGCCAAACUUCGAUCCCCGACGAUCUCCCGUAUAUGAGAUGGGUGGUGCCGCCCCUGGUUUCCCCCUUCUGGCAGCAGAAGGUCUGCCCGCGAAGCCCACAGGUGCCCUCGACAUGGGCCGUAAUAUGGGGUUGCAGCCCCGUAGAGGAGGUGCGCCGCCUAUGCGCCGUUCUCCACCUCCGAAUGCAAAGGAGGAUCCACGUGCACGAGCUGGCCGGAAGAUUUCAUACAACGACAUGGACUCCGUCGCAGAGGGUGACGUUGAGCUGCAGUACUGAUCAUGAGUAAAACAACCAUAUGUGUUUAGCUAAUCGAUUCCUCUAUGUACCGAUCCUAUUUGUGAUCAUUCAGUGUUAGUGAUUUAGGCGACGUAGUCGGACAGUGCAAU